CCAUCAAAACCCGAGUAUAAUACUAACCAAGAAAUAAAAUCCAAGCGUCCAUUAUUGAACAAGCGGUUGAGAUCAUUUAAUGCCUACUAUACAACAUCACCACAACCUGCCGUUAUAAUUUACAACCCUUUCUCCUUAUAUAGAGCCAUCACAUAUUUCUCUCCUUUCAUACUUGGAAAAAGUUGACUAUUUUGAUAUUCUCGAUGGCUGCUUCCAAGGAACAAAAUUCGGAGAUGAAAGAGUACCAAGACUUGCUGCCGGUGAUGGUGGACAAGCUGGACGGCGACACCUUUGUGGCGGAGCUCUGCGGUGGAUUCCGGCUGCUUGCGGAUCCGAGCAAGGGGCUGAUCACGGCGGCGAGCCUGCAGAAGAAUUGUGCGCUCCUGGGGUUGGAAGGGAUGAGCAGAGACGACGCGGAUGCGAUGGUGCAGGAGGGUGAUCUCGACGGAGACGGAGCGCUCAAUCAGAUGGAAUUCUGCAUUCUCAUGGUCAGACUCAGCCCUGGAAUGAUGGAGGAUGCUGAGACUUGGCUUGAUAAGGCCAUUCGAGGAGAGUUGCUCACAUCCUCUUCUUGAUUAUUCUUAUGAGUAUAUCUAUAUCUUUGUAUUCUCCUAAUUAUUCAUGAAAUCAUUUUAUGGUUUGUUUCUUGAA